AUGGCUUCCGGUGUCCUCACCAUCGCUGGUGUCUGGGCUCUCCAGGACAUUGCCGUCAGCUCCCCUGACGCCCUCAAGGACCCCAAGAACCCCUUCGCUGCCUCCAAGGCCAAGCAGGCCGCUCACUAA